UUUCAACCCCCAAAUCAAAGAAAAUGAUAUCUGCCUCUUCUCCUCUUACUCUGCCGCCUCUUCCGGCCAGAUUCUCUCCCCGGGAAUUCACACAUGUCAGAUUCCGGCCGCCGCAAGCCUUCUCCGCCACCGCUACCGCCUCCUCUACCGCCUACGCUACCAGAGAAAACACCACCGCCUCACCCUAUCUCAACCUUCAACGAAUGCCCUCCUACACUUCGCUUUACGACGUCCUCGGACUCCCUACCGGAGCUUCUUUUCAGGAAAUCAAAUCGGCAUAUCGACGCCUUGCCAGAGUUUCCCAUCCGGAUGUGGCGGCCGUCGACCGGAAAGACUCCUCUGCCAAUGAUUUCAUGAAGAUUCACGCCGCUUAUUCCACUCUGUCCGAUCCUGAAAAACGCGCCGAUUACGAUCGCAAACUUCUCCGCCGGUGCCGGCCUGUAGCUUCGGUGCGGAUGGCUUCUGGAUUUACUGGCUACACUCGCCGGAGUUGGGAGACUGAUCAGUGCUGGUAAUGAGUUGACUCACUAACCGAUCAUAGUUCGUCAUAGUCGGAAUCGGAAUCAGAAUCAGAAUCGGAAUCAGUGCCGUGAUUUGUACAUAUAACGAAAUAAUCGAAACGGCGCAAACGAUUUGCGACUCACCGGAGCCGAUUUUCUUCGAGAACUACAGGAAAUCGUCAGGAAGACGAUUCAGUUCUCCAAAAUCGCCGAGUAAAAUAGGAAACAGAGGAAACUGCUUAUAUCUUUUCCUAGUGUUCCUUUUGUUGUCUGUAUUUUUCUUGGCUUUGUUCAGUUUUGAUUUCAAUGAAAUAAAAUGACCGGAAAAUCCAAAACAAAAACCGCUGUUCAGUU